CUGAGAGUGACACAUCAAGAUGGCGGAACGGGAGGAAGAGGUGAGGGGGUUUGUCGCUGUUACUGAUGUUGAUGAAGAAAGGGCCCGUUUCUUCCUAGAGUCAGCCGGUUGGGAUCUACAGCUUGCUCUAGCCAAUUUCUUUGAAGAUGGAGGAGAUGAUGAUAUUGCCACCAUCCCUCAGCCAGAGCCCAGCUCUGUGUCUCGAUCCACAGGCCCAAGUGAACACAGAGUGACAUCCUUUAGAGAUCUGAUGCAUGAGGAUGAAGAUGAGAGUGGUGAUGAGGAAGGGCAGAGGUUCUUUGCUGGUGGGUCAGAACGCAGUGGGCAGCAGAUUGUCGGUCCUCCCAAAAAGAAAAGCUCAAAUGAGCUGGUUGAGGACUUGUUCAAAGGUGCUAAGGAGCAUGGAGCAGUCCCUGUUGACAGAGCAGGAAAAGGACUGGGAGAAUCCAGCAAGUCCAAGCCUUUUGGGGGGGGUGGCUAUCGGUUGGGUGCAGCACCAGAGGAGUCGUCGACUUAUGUGGCUGGAGAGAGGAGGAAGUCCAGUAGUUCGCAAGAUGUUGUUGUGGUGCUGAAACUCUGGAAGACUGGCUUUAGCCUUGAUGAUGGGGAGCUUAGGAACUACAGUGAUCCUGGAAAUGCCCUAUUCCUGGAGGCUAUCCGCAGAGGGGAGAUUCCUCUGGAAUUGAGACAGCGUUCCCGGGGCGGUCAGGUAAACCUGGACAUGGAGGACCAUCGGGAUGAAGACUUCUCCAAAGCCAAACCUGCAUUCAAAGCUUUUGCUGGAGAAGGACAGAAACUCGGCAGUGCAACGCCGGAGUUGGUGUCACUCCAAAGAAGCCCGCAGGACCAGGCUGCCAGUGAAGCUCAGGCUAGUGCUUCCAUCAGUGUGGACAGCUCUCAACCUGUCACCAGUAUCCAGAUCAGAUUGGCCGAUGGAGGCCGACUGGUGCAAAAGUUCAACCACACCCACAGGGUGUCAGAUGUGCGUCAGUUUGUGGCAAGUGCUCGCCCAGCUUUAGCUGCAGCAGAGUUCGUUCUCAUGACGACCUUUCCCAACAAAGAGCUGAUAGACGAGAGUCAGACAUUGAAGGAUGCCAACCUGCUGAAUGCAGUCAUUGUGCAGCAGCUAAAGUGACGGCACCAUCUAGUGGCCUGGCUCUGUAAAAGCACUCUUGAGUUUUCUUUGUCUCUGAUUUGGAGACACCAGGACUAAAAAGACUUCUACUUACUUAAUUUUGUUUUCUUUGUUUUCUUUCUGAUGUGUUAUUCCUCUGUGGCAGUUUCGGGGGCACUGGGUACUUCUGGUUGAGCUAAUUAAGGUAGAUGAGAGGGAAGCAAACACACUGUGAUAUAGUUUAAGGGUAUGAAGAGAGAGGAACGAAGUGGAGAUCUAACAAAUUUUACCAUUUUAGGAUAACUGAUGAUCAUAUUCAGAUUGAAAUAAAGAGCUUUCUGAAGA